AUGAAAACGAGUGAAGAUUCAACCAUGAAUCGAUUUCUACUUCUUACAAGUGCAUUUAUCUAUUAUAUCAUAUGGCUACUCUUACCAGUAUUUGAAUUGGAUGGUAAAACUGCGCUUUUCCCGCUACCGAGUGCUUAUGCAGUUUAUUUACCUAUUAUGCUUUUAAUCAUAGGAUUUACUCUUAUAGGUACAUUUUUAGGAUCUCUAUUACUAUUUAAUAAUGAAAUAGAACUCGUUACGAAAUCAUGA